GGCUGGUGCCUACGGGUUGCGGGAUGAGGGAGAGGCGAUUGGGCCUGGCGCCACCUCUUCCCCCGCCCUCCCGGCCCGCUGCGCCCGCCCCCGGGAAUGUCGGGACUCCUCCCAGGGCCCGCACUUGAAAGGCAGGGGCUGGACCACGCCCUGGCACCAAGCACUGGGCCCCAAGGUUCAGGGUCUCAGUCCACUGCAGAGCCGACCACUGGCGCGAUGGUGGCAGUCUGGCUGGUGCACGUCGGGCAGAAGCUGCUGCUCUGGGGCGCGCUCAGCGCCAUCACCCUGGUGGGCGCCACCCUCAUCCUGAGCUUCCUGCAGAUGAUGGCAAGUUACGUGCAUAACUGGCUGCAAAUGAGGCCCAUCCCCACCAUUCCGGGCGCCUACCCCUUCGUGGGACACGUGAUGAUCCUGGAGCGAGGAGGGAAAGAGUUUUUCCAGCACCUGAUUCAUUUCACUGAAGAAAACAGACAUGUGCCAAUGCUAAAACUCUGGUUUGGCACAGUACCAGCAAUAGCCAUGUAUAAAGCCGAAACUAUAGAGGUAAUUUUAACUAGCUCAAAGCAAAUUGACAAGUCUUAUCUGUACACAUUCCUACAACCAUGGCUUGGCCUAGGACUUCUUACCAGGGUUGCUUCUCACCCAUAUUUUGCAGAAACAGCUAUGGGCAAGAGUAUUGAUGCUCAGACUAAUGAUGAUUCUGAGUAUGUUCGUGCAGUUUAUAGGAUGACUGAUUUACUACAUCGAAGAAUGAAGACGAUUUGGUUCUGGCAUGACGUAUUGUACCUUUUGUUUAAAGAAGGAAGGGACCACAAAAGGAACCUUAAGAUCUUACAUAAUUUUACCACCAAUGUCAUCAAUGAACGGGCCAAUGAAAUAAAGAGAGAUGAAGAACGUAAAAGUGAUGACAAGGGCACGACCCUCUCCAACAGAAAACGCAAGGCUUUUCUCGACCUGCUUUUAAAUGUGAUGGAUGAUGAAGGGAACAAGCUCAGCCUUGAGGCUAUUCGAGAAGAAGUGGACACUUUCAUGUUUGAGGUAUUUUGCGUUGUCAUGUUAGUCUCAGGUAUCAUCAUUUAACAAAUUACAGUUCCU